CAAAAAUGGCGGACAUAUUGUAAAGUGACGCAAGCGUAACGUUUUACGGCAUGCGUUUUACCAAUAUUUCUAUGGUUCAAGUGGUGUUAAAUCAAUUUCAAACGUUAAUAGUGAACACAUGACCAAUUAGAGAAGUAGUCACAAUAAUUUCUAAGCAAUGGCGCGCGAGUUUGACCACCUUUUCAAACUCCUGAUUAUCGGUGAUAGUGGUGUCGGUAAAAGCUGCCUUCUGCUACGAUUCGCCGACAACACAUUCUCUGGCAGUUAUAUCACGACGAUAGGUGUUGACUUCAAAAUAAGGACUUUAGAGAUAAAUGGUGAGCGAGUGAAGCUUCAAAUAUGGGACACGGCGGGGCAGGAGCGGUUCAGGACGAUCACAAGCACGUACUACCGGGGGACACACGGGGUCAUCGUAGUGUACGAUGUAACCAACGGAGAGUCCUUUGCCAACGUAAAGCGGUGGCUUCAUGAAAUCGAGCAGAACUGUGAUGUCGUCAACAAAGUCUUAGUGGGUAACAAGAAUGACUGCCCUUCCCGGAAGGUGGUAGUCACAGAGGAUGCGCAAAGGUUCGCCAAUCAGAUGAAUAUUCCUCUUUUUGAAACCAGCGCUAAGGAGAACAUCAACGUAGAAGAGAUGUUUCUAACUAUCACAAAAAUGGUACUAAGAUCAAAAUUGGAGAUGAAGGAACGACAAAAUGUACAAUCAAACGACACAGUACACCUAAGGAAGAGUCACAAAACCAAAAAGAAAUGCUGCUAGUGUCGACGUGCGCCGGCGCAGUGCCGAGGACGUUGCUUACACUACGCUCAAACAUUGAGACAUUUGUUGCACAACCCUUGUAGACGGACUUUGAUCCUACUGUGCGGUCCAAGAUACAAUAUUUUUAGUAACAUUUCCGUUUCUAGUAGAGUACCAUCACCCCUAAGAGUAUACACAUACAGGGCUAAGAGUUGUCAAUAUACCACCGGAAAGAGCUAUUUAUGCGUGAGGUGAUCUACUAAAUCCUCACAUAAGGUCAGUGUGAUAUGUUUUUAUAAUCCAAUAUUUUCCUAAUGUAUGUAAAACUGUUUUUGUACUAGAUCCCUUAGUACACGAAAAGGAGAGAUGUAACAUAAGCCCGAUUUGUGCCCGGUCAAUGGCCAUCAGCUCACCCCUUAUGAGGGACUUAGACGUAGCUGGCGAGGAGUAGGUGUUCUGUACACCUCUGCCUACCCCUUCGGGGAUGCAGGCGUGAUGCUAUGUUGUUAACAUAAGCCGGACUUAUCUCUAUUAGAGAUCUCUUCCAGUUAACUUGGUGAAAUAUUGCAUUAUUUUCAUUAAAUGUAUUGUACAAGAAGACCAAUCUCACGCUGUGUCAUCUUUGAUGCGUGACAAGAUAAAAGUCCUCAUUCAACUGAUAUGUUAAAGGAAGAGAGAAUUCUAUAGAAUAGUUUUAUUAUAUAAUCGAAUUGGAAAUUGUAAUAAGGAUGUUAUUGGUGCUAAUUCCCAUAGACACCAUCUAAUUUUAAGUUACACCUGUCAUUUUCUUAUCCGCCGAAAAGGAAAUGGACGUGUAAUCGACAGGUGUAAAAUUUACGGAAUACGUGAAUUUUAGGCUGAAAUGUAGACUCUAAUAACCCGACAGAAUUAAGUUGACAGCACACGUCAAACGGUUAGCAUACCAGCGCGAUACCUAUUUGUUUCGUCCUGGUUAAACAUUCAUUCACUCGUUCAUUUUAAAAUUAACAGCUGUCAAUCGUCGCUUUCCUUUUCGGCGGAUAAGAAAGUGACAGAUAUAACUUAAAAUUAGAUGGUAUCUACAGAGCGCCAUUGUACAUUUAUUUCAAUAGAUGUCUAAAAAACAUUGCAAUGCAAUUGUGUACAUAACGUCAUAUCAUUUGUAAUGGUUGCAGUGUUUUAGUAAAAUGAUAUUUUUUGAUUAAGGAUGCUGAUGUUACUAUAAUUUCUGUAAACAUUGAUUUAUAUAGACACUUGUCUAUGAUUUUAUUGAAAUAUAACGUAUCCUGCCGUAACGGUUUCCUGACGGCCACGGCGCGAAUUAUGUCGAGGGCUUCUACCAAUAGACGUAUGAUGUUUAUCUACGUAGCUUUCGCAGCAUCUGUUGGUAAAAGCCCCCGAUAUCGCAUCGGUAACGCUUUUUCAAAAUUUUGAAGAAACUAUACAUUGUAUGCUAUAAAUAAGUCGUUAAUUACAAAACUAUCCUGAUAUCAAAUGUUAUGAGAAGACUGGUUAGUAAACCACAGGGCAUAAAAAUUACAAGUUUCUUUUUUAAAAAUCAAUAUGACUGAAUAUUCUUUUUUUUUUUCAAAAAUUUUCAUCUGUCCUCUUUACGUUUUUAAUUAUUUAAAAAAAUGAUAUUAAUCAAAAUUAUUACUUCCUUUAAAAAAGUAUGUUUUUAAUCUUUUGGGGUAGGUAGCUCAUUGGGACAUUGUAUUACAGAUUACAAACAAAUUGUUGAUUUGUCCUUUUGUUUGAAUUUUGAAUACACAGAACAUUGGGAUAUUUUAGAAGGAAUAUGACAAAUUUAACUGUCCCUAACGAUAAUGUUAUUGAUAAUAAAAAAAUUGUGUCGCCUUAAGGAUUUCAGGGGAUAUGAAUGCAUAGUUAAUGUCUACGGUGUUUUCUCAUUGUCAAUAUGUGAUGGAAUGUCGUGUAUGCAGUGGAAUGUAUAUAGAAUAAUGUAUAACCACUAAAUAAAGAUAUUAAUGUUUGAAGCACACAGCGGGGAGAGGCCGGGAUGCCAGGUUUUGUGUAAAACCGCAAACGAUAUCUCACUCCAACCCAGUUGCCUUGAUGUGUGAAGCAAGCUCUUGUGGAUACGAACUUUCCAUUAAUUAUUUUUUGUCAUCUCCUGUAUCAAACACCAAAACCAACUUGCCCAAGUCUUAAGUGAGUCUGUAGAAAUUCAACACCUGGGUCAACUUGUACAAUAACCUACAUGCAGGCAUCCCAACAAUGGGCAUGCCUUGCGCGCCAUUACUGCUUAGCGAAAAACUGCUUAUGGUUGGAAGACCGAUCGCAUGUUUCAGAGGAAAAAAAAUGUCCUGGAAUGAUACAAAAUGAAUUGAAAGUUCAUUCUUAUUUUUUAUCAGUACAUGCUAAGCCCUAAAGUUAUAGCGUAAUGUUUCUAAAUAAUGUUACAAUAGUCUAGUUUCCAACUAGUCGAACCAAGGAGUUAAAAUGCCACAUCGAAGCAAUUUACCUAAAGAAGCAAUAUUGCAAUUUGACAUUUGCGCAGAUAAAAGUGCGCAAUGCACACAAAUUACAAAUAGCAAUAUUGCUUUUGUAGAGGAAUGACUUUGAUGUAAUCAUAAUCAUUUAUUUGUAAUUUUAUGUGGCCCUUUUAACCGCCCAGUUGCUUUUUAAUAAACGUCAAAAUGUAAUUGGUAUGAAUAAGCACACUGUGGCAUCAUAGAAAAUCGUGAUAAAAUGUCGGAGUUAUUAUAACGUUUUUCUUGAUUAAAAUUCAUAAAUUGUAUCGAAAAAAAAUAUCCCGACGAAUUGAGACCCUCCUUUUUUGGAAGUCGGUUAAAAAAUGUUUUCGUCAGUUUUAGAUUUGUCUUUAUUAGUAAUCAGUUUUCAUAAAUUCUAUUUGAAUUAUGAUACUUACUACCCCAUAGGAUGAAUGAGAAAAAGUAAUUAGUGGAAAGCUUCUGAGGGAGGAAAAUGUAUUCUUUUGAAUGUACGAAAACAAUCUUGUCACAUAAAGAUUUUUUUAGAACAAUAUUGUUAUAACAGGAUUAUAUAUUAAAAGUAUUAAUUUAUCGAGGAAAAUAUUAGUUUAAAUUAAUGAUUUGCGUAUUUAUGAAUGUAGAAGUCAAUCAUUGAGUGAUUCCCGGUAUUGUAAUCUCGUGUUCCACUUGUGUUGUAUAGAAACACAUUACUUUAUACUUUUUCGGGAUCCAGAAUGUUUAUGAAGUGAUAUCGUAUUUAUAGUUUUUUAAUUUAAAAACAUUGGCAAAGUAUAUGUGAGAUUGUGUCCAAAAUUCCAAAUUAAUAUGUACUAUUUAUUUAACGUUUAAAGGAUGUUGCAUUUUAUCUACUAUUGAAAUGUUAUAAAAUAAGUUACUUAUGCCUAUUUUCAAUUAUCUAGUGUUUUUAGGGUCUUUGUGUAUGAACUACUUUUUUUCAAACUGUACCUCCUAGUCUUUAGAUAAAAGCAAAAAUGGAAGAUACACUGUUUUGAUCUUGCAAUAUGUAUUCCAUUUAUGCUUUAAUUCAAGAUAAUAGUGAAUUAUUUGGAUAGUAAGCAUUCAUAUUUUAGUUCAAAAAAUUGUAUUGUUUUGUAUCGUAUUUAGAUAGGUAUGCUAAAUUAUUUUAAACCAAAUAUUUCUUGUGGGUCUUUUGUCUUAGCAUCAGGUCACCCUCAUUUUAUUACUUAUAAACCUAGAGAGAAUGCAACAAAUGUAUUUAAUUUGUGUCAAUCAUUCCGUACAGUUCUUUUUAUGUACAAUGUAAUACGACAUAUUUAUGCAUGUUUCGUCUUGCUCCAGUACUCAUAUUAUUUUAAGGGAUAUUGUUCAUACCAGCAUUUUAUUUGUUUUAAAAAUGUAAAUAGACGAUAUAUUUUGCCCAUAAUAA